AGAUCCUAGCAACAUAGGAGUAUAUACUACUACAUACAACAAACACUCAGAUAGAUAUGAAGAAGACGACAUUAUCACUAGUCGUAGGGUUGUGGGCUGUGCUGCUGGUGGCGACGGCGGCGGCGCAGGACGUCGACCUGACGGUGACGGACAAGGACCUAGAGACGGAGGAGAGCAUGUGGAAUCUCUACAAGUGGUGGUGCAGCGUGUACUACGCGUCGUCGUCGUCGAGGGACCUCGCCGACGUCGAGAGCAGGUUCGAGGCGUUCAAAGCGAACGCCAGGCACGUCAACGAGUUCAACAAAAAAGAGGGCAUGACCUACAGGCUCGGCCUCAACCAGUUCUCCGACAUGACCUUCGAGGAGUUCGCCGGUAAGUUCACCGGCGGCAGGACCGGAUCCAUCGCCGGCGAUCUCAGAGAUGGCGCCGUGACUUACUGCAAGCCGCCGGCGGUGGGCUACGUGCCCCCUUCCUGGAACUGGACAAAGUAUGGAGUUGUUACUCCUGUCAAGAACCAAUUGACUUGCGGGAGCUGCUGGGCGUUCUCCGUGGCGGCGGCGGUGGAGAGCAUCAACAUGAUCAGGACAGGGAACCUGCUGACGCUGUCAGAACAGCAGAUUCUCGACUGCUCCGGCGCCGGCGACUGCAACGGCGGGUACCCAUACGAUGCAUUCGACUACGUCAUCAAGACAGGCAUAUCUUUGGACAAUCGGGGAAAUCCUCCGUAUUAUCCUCCUUACGAGAACCAGAAGCAGAAAUGCAGAUUCGACCCUAGGAAGCCUCCAUUUGUGAAGAUCGACGGCGAGUGCUUGGUGCCGUCCGGCAACGAGACAGCUCUGAAGCUGGCAGUGUUAAGUCAGCCCGUGUCCGUCGUCAUCACAAUCAGCGAUGAGUUCCGCUCCUACCGCGGGGGUGUUUUCCGCGGACCCUGCGGAAGUAAUCCGAAUGUGGAUAACCAUGUGGUACUGGUGGUGGGGUAUGGAGUGACGACGGACAACAUAAAAUACUGGAUCAUCAAGAACUCUUGGGGUAAAACAUGGGGGGAGUACGGUUAUAUCCGCAUGGAGCGGGAUAUCCUCAACAAGAAUGGUAUCUGUGGCAUUACCACCUGGGCAAUCUGCCCGUUGAAGAACAAGCCCAGACUCGCCUCUGCCGAUGCUGCUGCUGCUGUUGCUGCCUACUGAUACCUAUAGUCAGCCACAUGCAUAAAACUCCAGAUUUUGUCGUGUACACGUGCAUGUACGCAUAGCAUAUAAUUAGUCAGUAAAUUAGUACUAGGUAUAUAUCUGCACGUGCGUUUAGGCCAUCGGGGUUGAAUAAAUAUAAUGUACAAGACUUAUCUAGCAGCGUGUGCUGUAAUAUGUGUUGAUGUGCUUCGAAAAGCAAUAUAAAAGUCCAA